CAGGGCCGUGACGUCAGGAAACUUUCCCUCAGUGGCUGAGCCCAGAGGCCGCGUUUGUCUCUCAACGCCGCGCGGGCGCGCGCGCGUGUCUAUCCGCUGUCUCGAGUCGCGGGGGUCGGCUCAAGGCAAGGCGGCUUGUUCGGGGGCUGCAGCUUUGGCCGCUCCGGAGCCGUCCUCUCUUUCGCCGCAUUUCGCUCUCCAACGCCCUCGCGCCCGCUUCUUCGGUCCAGCGUGCACGCGGGAGUCCGGGAAAAUUCCCCGGCUGGAAUUCGGUGGAGUUGGACGAAGGGAGAACUUGAUGACUUGGCGUUGGCUUCAGGAUUCCUUUCGGCGACUGACAGCGGGAGGAGGAGGAGGAGAAGAAGCAGGAGCGGAGGAGGAGGAGGAGGAGGAGGGGAGGAAAAAGGAGGAGGAGAGAGCGGGCGUCGAGGCAACUCUGGCUGGCAUAUUCACCAUUAACUGAAAAAUAGGAAACAAUUGCAUGAAGUCAAAUAUGUGGACAAAAAAGUGAAUUAUUACUCUUGAAAACAAACAACUAUUUUGAUCCUUGGUAUAAAUCUGAGCUUAUCACGCUUAAAUCAUAUGCACAGUGGAUGAUUUCUCAUCAUGAAUCGUGCUUUUAGCAGAAAAAAAGAUAAGACAUGGAUGCAUACUCCUGAAGCUUUAUCAAAGCACUAUAUUCCUUAUAAUGCAAAGUUUCUUGGCAGUACAGAAGUGGAGCAGCCCAAAGGUACAGAGGUUGUAAGAGAUGCUGUGAGAAAACUUAAGUUUGCAAGACAUAUUAAGAAAUCUGAAGGCCAAAAAACACCAAAAGUUGAGUUACAGAUUUCCAUAUAUGGCGUAAAGAUUCUAGAUCCAAAAACAAAGGAAGUCCAGCACAACUGCCAGCUCCACAGGAUAUCAUUUUGUGCUGAUGACAAAACUGACAAAAGAAUAUUCACUUUCAUAUGCAAAGAUUCUGAAUCAAAUAAACACUUGUGUUAUGUCUUUGACAGUGAAAAAUGUGCAGAAGAGAUCACUCUAACUAUUGGCCAAGCGUUUGACCUUGCUUACAGAAAAUUCCUAGAAUCAGGAGGAAAGGAUGUUGAAACACGAAAACAGAUUGCUGGAUUACAGAAAAGAAUUAAUGAAUUAGAAACAGAAAACCUAGAGCUAAAAAACAAGGUGCAAGAUUUGGAGAACCAGCUGAGAAUAACCCAAGUACAUACGUUGCCAGCAAGCAGUGUUACACCAAAGUCUCCUUCCACCGACAUCUUUGAUAUGGUUCCAUUUUCUCCCAUCUCCCCAAAGCCAUCAACACCUACUCGCAAUGGCACUCAGCUUCCACCAGUGCCCAGUAGAUCUACAGACAUCAAGAGAGACCUUUUUGGAGCAGAACCUUUUGAUCCAUUCAGCUGUGGAGCAGGAGAUUUUCCUCCAGACAUCCAAUCUAAGCUAGAUGAGAUGCAGCGUCAGCGAUGGAGGGGUUCAAAAUGGGACUGACUCUGGAAGGCACAGUGUUUUGCCUUGAUCCUCUAGACAGCAAGUGCUGAUUGUCAGGAAUAGACAUUUAAAAAUAUACUAUCUUUCUUUAUUUCUUUUUACAAAACUUUAAAAUGUAUUACAAAUAUUAUUGAUGUGCCAAAAAUGUUUCUCAACAUGUUAUAUCCUCUGUGAGAUUUGCUUCUUCAAAACUCCAGAUAAGUUGCAGUAUUAUUCCUGUGAAAUGAAAAUUUACUCAUGUACAGAAAGCUAAAAUGAAAUCACACUGCUAUUUGUUUUUGAUCUUCCAUAUUUUGCAAGUCAUUCUUUGUAUCUUUUGGCGACUCACUUGUACAGCAUGGGAACCCAUCAUAAACCUGUGAGAAGUCUUUUUAAAGUCUUUUUGUUACACACCACUUUCAGACAGCAAACAAGCACUUGGAACUAUGAUUGAAAAGAACAACUUUUAAAAUAAAAUCCCUAUGAUUGCUUUCUUAAUUCCACACAAAUACUGUUGCCAAUAUCAAAUAACAUUGCAGGCCACCCAGAUUCACCUGGCAGCGAGAUGGGCGGCAAACAAAUUCAAUAAAUAAUAAAAAAUAUGAAUGUUUGCACACUCCUGUAAACAAUUACAGUGAGACUGAGAACCAUAGUUCUCCAGCGUGACGAGUGGAGAAUCCACCAAUGGGUUAAUUUCAUCUUCUGCCCACAGACUAGUCGUCCAAUUUUGCUCCGCCUCUCCUCCUGGGACCUCCCUGACCCAGUCUCGAUUAGUCUUGAGCCCGUUUAGACUGAAUUCUUGACUCCUGAAGUGAUUCUUCUUUAAGGUCGUAUAUUUCUGAUAUUUUGGUCAAUCCGUGGGGGGAGGGAGGAACUGCAAGAAUGAACGGCUGUUCGUUUGAGCCCUUUCUGCUGCUGGAUUGCAGCUCAGCCACGAGGCUGGCCUGAGCCCAGCCAAUCACAGGACAAACAAGGAACCAGACGCCAUUUUCCGGUCACCAAGUGUGACCCUGAACAAAGGGAGAGACAAUCUCCUCCCCCCCAAACCAAUCAUCCCACAAAGCUAGCCAGGAUAGCCAAAGCAAAUUCAGAAUACAUUAGCACAGCUGAUCAGCAGGCAAUUUAAACCUCCCGCAGAUCAUAAGGAAGCCAGCGAGCCACGUGGGAACAAUAGGGGGCUGGUGAGCUGCAGAGGAAUAUCACAGCUCUCCAAGGCUCUUACCCUAAAUUCAACUAAAGACCUUGAAGGCUCCUAUUGUUUUCUAUUGCCUGAAGCGGGGAUUAGCUGGUCGGGCAGAGGACUUUUAACCUCCGCAGCUCCCUCACAGAGUUUCCCUGCAUCUCCCCAACUCCCUUGCAACUCACACUGACCAUAUUCCACUCUAUACACGCGCAGUUGUUUUUUUCUUUGGGCAGUCUCCAGGAAAUUCAGCUGAGGGAGACAUGAGAGAGACUUGGGUUCGACCAAUAACAACCUCAACUCACCCAAGCUCAGUCCUUCUUUCUAGCCACAUAGGAAUAAUAAUAAUAAUAAUUAAAGUAAUAAUAAUUAAAAAAUAAGAAAUAAAAAUAAAAAAUAAAAAAAAUGAUAUUAAUAAUAAUAGUAAUAAUUGAAGAGCACAAGACAUAGAUCAGCUCACAAUUACCCUGAACCAGACCGGAAUUGAAUUUUAUUCCAGUUAAGAAUGGCAGAUACCAGCACAGUUCAAACAGUGCAGGAACCUGCCACCACCAGCCCACCUGCUCGUAAAAGACAGAGAUCACCCAAGUAGGAGGUGGCUAGGAAGAUCAAGGCCAAGGCAACAUCGGCCAAAAGGCCUUCCAAAGCAGUGGAUAGGGAGGCUAAGCAAUAUCACCAGGCUCUAGAGAGACAAUUCUCCCGAGCCAAAAGGAGACAAAACUCCACUGAAGAUGAAUUAGAGCCAUCCAAUUACAGGGAGGAGGAAAUUUUUGGCACAAGGAAGCCCAGCCAGGAACCUCUGAAAACAGAGGCCGAUAUGGAACAGGGAAACGGCUCUCCCCUAAACAAGGGGCCUGGAGAUCUGGGUUCAGAAGUAGGCACCCGUUGCUUAGAUAAUCAUGGAGCAAUGUCUUCAGAACACCUUCAAUCCCUGAUAUCUCAGGCUGUCACACAGGCCAUGGCCUCCUCAAGAUACCAUUGUUCCAGAACAAGGUCUGUGGCCUCUAGGGGUGGCUCUCGCUUUUCUCAAGAGGAGGCCUCUGAGUACCAAGACUCUAUUUCCUCCUCCAGGUCCUCCAGAGGCAGGAAGUCUCCUACGGAGGACCAUGAGCUGAUGGAUUAGAGACUGACCGACGAAGAGGAUGUAUCUCCAGAUCCUCCCCCAUUUGUAGGCCUGUUUAAUCCGUCCUUAUUCAAGACACUGCUACAUAAAGCCAGUGGCACUACAAAUAUAGAGAGGCCUCCGAUUCCGCAGAAAGAAACCUCCACCAAUCCCUCAACUAAUAAGGUCACAAACAACGAAGUGUUUUCACAGCCCACCUAUACCCAACACUUUGUCCCCUGUCCACCUCUCUUCUUUGAUUCUGUUCAGAACAACAUGGGGGCACUGGGUUCCUUCCUCCCAUGGGGGGGGGCAGACAAGAAAAUGUUCAACAUAGAUCCAGCACUAUCAGAGAUAAUAAAAAUGCCAACAAUAGAUGAACCCAUUGCAACCCUCUUUUCUCCACCCCUGAUAGCCGGGGAUGCAGCGGAGGCCCUGAAAUCAGAAGACAAGAAGAUGGACCUCAUCUUCCGCAGGGCACACCAGGCCUUGGCGUGGGCAAUCAAGGCAGGCAUCACUAUGUCCUUUUUUGCAAGGACAUCUCUUCUUUGGCUGCGCCAACUCCAGUUGAGUAUUCCCCCAGUAGAGGAGAAAACUCACCAGAAUUUAAGAAGGUUAGUGGCGGCUGCGGAGCUCAUGUCAGGUUCCUCCUUACACGCAACCAAUUUCUCUGCCAGAGCAAUAGCAUACAACACUGGUGCACGCAGAUUGCUGUAGCUCAAGCACUGGACAGCGGACAUGAAGGCUAAGUGGUGUUUAGCGGCAGCACCCUAUAAGGGUGGCCGGCUCUUUGGUGAGGUGCUUGACCCUUACUUAAUUGAAAAUAAGGACAAACGCAAAAUCCUGGCCCACCUGACAAAGAGGACGGAGAGGAGAGCUCCCUCCUAUUCCUGCAGACCGGCCUUCCGACCUGAUGCAGGCAUGGAUCAGGGAACCUUUUCCUGUCCCUAUCAGCCCAGAUUGGACCAUCAAGGUGAGAGAAACAAUAAUAGGGACAGGUUCAGACAACAGGCCUAAGCAAGACGGCCCUUUCGAGGAGCCAGGGGGCAUCCCUACCGCAGAUCCAAGUGAUGGCCCAGGGCCCCCCCAUUGGUGGUCGGCUAGCCCUUUUUGCCCACAAAUGGCAAGCCACCACCAUGGACCUCUGGGUCCUAAAUACCAUCAGAUUCGGCCUAUCCCUAGAAUUCCUCUCAACAACACUGAACUGGUUCAUUCCUUGCCCAUCUCCAAAAGAUCUGAUCAAGAAGAACCUCAUCUGAAGGAAACGGUUACACUCUCACAGCUGCUAGGAAAGAUGGUGUCAUGCCUCGCAAUUGUACCUUGGGCAAGGCUACUCUCCAGAGAGCUCCAGUGUUUCCUACUUCCAUUCCAAAGAGUGGGGAUAGGCUCCUCAAACCAAAGAGUGAAGGUGCCACCAAAGGUCCUGAGGUCACUCCAGUGGUGGUCCUCCCCAGUGAUGGGGAAGGGACACUUGUUCAGGGAAGCUAACCGAGUCACCCUUAUAACGGAUGCCAACCUAUUCGGCUGGGGAGCACACCUGCAAUCACAGCUAGCACAGGGUCAAUGGUCAAAGAAAGACCUAAAGCACAACAUAAACUGGCUAGAAUUCAGAGCCAUACACCUGGCUCUCCGUCAAUUCCACAGCGCAGUGGUGCAUCGACACAUGCUCAUACUCACAACGUGGCGGCCAAAGCGCUUGUCAACCGACAAGGAGGCACGCACUCCAGGGCUCUCAUGAACGAAGCACAAGCGCUGGGAACCUGGGCACACAACAACCUAGCCUCCAUCAAGGCCAAGCACAUCUCAGGAGAAUCCAAUCACCAGGCAGACUUCCUGAGCAGGACAACGAUAGACCACUCAGAGUGGAGCCUGCACCCUGCCCUCUUCAGAGAGGCAGCAGAGAGAUUCGGCCAUCCAGUGUUGGAUCUGUUUGCCAGUCCAAAGAACACUCAGAUUCUGAGGUUCUUCUUUCGUUUUGUGACACCAGGAGCAGAGAGAGCGGAUGCACUUCGAGGCCACUGGUCGAAAGGACUGCUGUAUGCAUUCCCACCUCUUCCUUUGAUACAAGCAACCAUCAGGAAGAUAUUGCAGGAGCAAGCGGAGGUAAUACUCAUUGCACCGCACUGGCCAAGAUAGCCGUGGUUUGCCGAUCUCAUAAACCUAUCUACAUCUCCACUGUGGAGGAUUCCACACGACCAAAUUUCCCUCAACCAGGGAUCCCUGCUACAUCCAGACCCACAGUAGCUCCAAUUGACCGCCUGGCGCUUGAGCGGAGUCUCCUAGAGAAAGACAACUUCUCACAAAGAGUCAUUAAGCCUCUCCAGGCCUCUAAAAGGCCUACAACUAACAGGAUCUAUGAUUCCACUUGGAAAAAUUAUUGCGGUUGGUGCAACAGGCAACAACUAGACCAAUGCAACAUCUCUAUCCCAGAUAUCUUAGACUACCUAGCAGAAGGCCUGGAUAGGGGGUUAGUACCCAACACAAUUCGUAGACAGGUGGCUGCCCUAUCAGUCAUUCUUACCUACGGCAACUCUGAAACUUUAGCCAGAAACCCAAUGGUGCGAUCCUUUGUAAAGGGCGCAUCUAACAGCAGGCCACCUGUGGUGCAUAGAUACCCUUCCUGGGAUCUACCUAAGGUCCUACAGGCCAUAAUCUUACCUCCAUUUGAGCCUGCCAGGACCUGUAACCUAUAGUACCUGACCCUUAAGGUUGCCUUCUUAGUCGCUGUUACCUCAGCAAGACACAUCUCAGAACUAGCAGCCCUGUCAGUGAGGGAGGACCUUUGUACCUUCCACAUGGAUAGGGUGGUAUUACGUUUGGACCCCUCCUUCGUUCCAAAGGUCAAUUCCCUAUUCCACAGAGCGCAGGAGGUGGUGCUGCCAAACUUUUGCCCCAAACUGUCCCAUGAACUGGAGCGCAAGUGGCACACCGUAGAUGUUUGCAGAGUUUUAAAGCAGUACAUCAAGCGAACGGCACCCUUCCGUAGAUCAGAAGCACUGUUUGUCUCCUUCCACUCUCACACAAGAGGUCGGAGGGUCACUGCAUCCACAAUCGGUAGAUGGAUUAAAAGGUGUAUAGCAGAGGCAUACAGGGGACAGUCCUUGAUGGUCUGCAGACAAAUCACUGCACAUUCCACGCGCAGUGCUGCAACCUCAGCAGCAUGGGCAACUCAGGCUUCGAUUGAAGAAAUAUGUAGAGCGGCGACGUGGACGUCACCUUCCCCUUUUAUAAGACACUACAAAUUAGACAGAUUCGCAUCUGCGGAGGCCUGCUUUGGCAGGAGAGUACUCCAGUGCAUAGUAUCAGAGUGGGACACAGGGCCAGAUGGCAUCCCACCCACAAGGACAGUAAGGCUUUGGUAUGUCCCAUUGGUGGAUUCUCCACUCAUCACGCUGGAGAAGGGGCGUUGGUCUUACCUGAACACCUUUUCUCAGCGUGACAAUGGAGAAUCCACUCUCACCCUUGAGGCCAGUCAGGUCCUGUGAGGGGAGAGGAUGGAGUCAACGCAAGAAAACAUAGCCAACUAGCUUUCGCCUCAUUGAGACUGGGUCAGGGAGAUCCCAGGAGCAGAGGCGGAGCAAAAUUGGAUGACUAGUCUGCAGGCAGAAGAUGAAGUUAACCCAUUGGUGGAUUCUCCAUCAUCACGCUGAGAAAAGGCGUUCAGGUAAGACCAAUGCCCCUUCCAAUCUAUAUAACCUGCACCUAUAUAGCAUAGCUUCCUAAUAAGUUGUUAUUAAGGGCCACAAAUCAAGCUAGGUUUCUAAUGAACUGCUGUGCCCCCAAUUCAUGAUAAUUUUGUGAGUGCACAGCAUUUCUGACUUAGAAGUAAAUGUUAAAGGCAACCUCUAUGCUUCUCAGAUGCAUUGUAUUUAAUAUACAUCUACUAAAUGAAAUAGAUUGUUAUUUUUAAAAUUGCGAUAUCUAAUCUCUAACUAUGCCAAAUAUUAAUAUACCAAUUAUUUUCUAUUAUUUUAUAAUUUAAAAUGUAGUUCCUAACGAUGUAUUUGAUUAGAUUUUUCACAUUCCAGAGGGUACUUGGAAAUGUAUACACAUCUGAAUUUUUCAGUAACAGUCAUAUAAUAAUUAGCUAUUUUGAACACACACACACACACACAAACACAUCCAUGUGUACAUAGAAACAUUCCCAAUGUUCCACACUAUUUUUAAAAUUAAAGCCCAACCUACGUAUUUCUCAGCAUCGCUAUUUGCAAAUCCUAUUGUGAAGGUUAAUUAAAGGUGUGCAUGCUAAGGGCACUGCUUGUGGUGCAUGUUAAAUUGCUGUGUACAUGGCAAAUUUUCAAUUUUAAUUGCAAAGAUUCCAUUACAAUAGUGAUGGCAUUCAAAAACCUAAACCACACAUAUUUUUGAACGUGAUCUGAGGCUUCUGGUGCAGUUGUACUGUUUGGAUAUAAGAGCUUUGUUCCUUUCAGCCUUGGGUUGUCACCUGAUAAUUCAGUGCAAACCACUUGGAAUAUCAGGGCAACAAAUGGACAAACAAUUUCAUUUUGCAUUCUAACACAAAAAUUACAAAUGAAUAUCACGGGAGAAAUAGAGAUAAAAGAAACUUAAGGUAGGUUUUUGAUGAAGGCAGAUUGUAGGUUUAUCAUUUGUAAGGGAUCUCUGCAAGGGAGCUCACUACUGAGAUAAUGUACUACUUUGUCUCUGCAUAGCAAUAAAUGAAAUUUUGGUUAUGCAUUUCUUUGUAUUCAUAAAUUAAGUUGCUUGUUCGUUUUUGGGUUUUUUUCCCCAUUUUUACCAAAAGUUUGUUCAAGAUGUACAAAAAAAAAAAAAAAUUACCUUUCUGGGAAAGUUUUUCUCUCCUGUUAGGAGCCUUUCACUGUAAAGAAGAUUGGGGGGGGGAUGCUUUUUAUAUGAAGAGAAAGAUAAAGAGAAGUGCUCAGGAGAAAUGGGAAAGAAACAUAAGAGAUUAUUUUGCUCACUUUAUUUUUCGGGAGAAAACACCCUAAUGGUCUGGUACUUGGUUUGCAAAAUAAUAGUUUUUAAUGUUAUAUUGCAAGGUUUACAUGCAUAUUCACAACAUAAAAAGAAAGCAUUUAUGCAAUGGUAUUUACCUUUUAAAGCUUUGUUCCAAUCUCACAAAAUACUUAAGCAGAUGCCUAGGUAACCUGGAAUUCUUUACAUGAUUAAAAUUAGACAGCUGCCUAGCUGUAAGCCUUACUGAGUCCUUUCCUAUACUCUUGAUUUGUAUUAAGUCUUCCUUUAUUAUUUGGUUCUUCCUUAGUAUUUGCAUGUAUAUCUAUACCUAUGCUCUGAAUCCAAAGAGGAUGGAAUGCAUUUAUUCAGUGCUUCUGAUUUCCCACUUUGUUUCUGGAUAUAGAUCCUCCCAUCAUAUUAAAUUCCAUUCCAGAAGGCUCCAUUGUUUUAUGGGGUGUUGGGCAGGGUGAGAAGAAACAGAGCCAUUGGGAAUAACAGCAAAUAGAAAAAUGACUCUUUGGAUAUUGGCCCAUGUGCCUGUCAAUAUAGAUAUAUAUGAGAUCCACUAAUGAGUAGAAUAGGCUCUGUAUCAUAGACACAUCAAUAGUUUUGUUCAUCAAAUAGUAUUUUGCAGUUUGUACAACAAUGAUGUUUAGUAGCCAUAUGAAUGGCUUUUUUAAACAAAUAGAAUUUGUAUUUUUAUCAUAAAGAAAGCUUUACGUAAUAGGCAUAUAUUUAGAGGCCAUUUACAAGGGAUAUAGAAGAACAUUCAGAAAAUAUUUGCACCUUUUAAGAAAGCUUUUGUUUUACUGAUUUUUAUGGAAAUUGGUUUGCAAAUUGCUAAAUGCAAUUUAACUGAUUCAAAAUCAGUCCAAGAACUCUAAAUUAAUACAGCAAGAAAUUACAUUUUUAAUGAAAACAGUUUUAGUGCUUUAGUUGAAAUUUGUAUUUCUAUGUAAUCCCAACUGUCUGUUUUAUUUUGCUUCAAAUAAAUGGUUUAAUUAAACUUG